GCCUCGGGGGUUGUGUUGUUGCGACGAGUGUCGAGCAGUCGAGGAGAGCUGCUGCCUAUUGUAUACACAAAAGUGCGAAAUGCCGCAGCGGCGCUAGUCGACGACGUCGUUGAUCGCUGCUCUCUCUACUGCUGCUCUCCGUGUGCAGUGCAAGAUCUCGCGGUCCUCGGCAGAACACGAUAAUAUAAGUUGUGCAGUGUUCGUCGCGAGCAGCCUCGCUCGGCGCCUCCGUGCUAAACACUCGCUGUGUGCAUCAGAUCGCGAGUGCCAGUGUAUUCGUACGUGCGCGAGUGGUACAAGGUAAAAUGUGCUCUCGAGAGCGCCCCCGCAGCAGCAGCAACAAUAUAUCGCGCAUGAAACAACGCUGCAGGGCGGUCGCUAGUGCAGCUUAGACAGAAAGAGGAGCAUCCUAAAUCCACUACAUGCGUCUGCAAGUCUGUAGCGUCGAAUCAACCUUCUACGCACGCAGCAAGCCGUGCUAAUAUAGCAGUAGAUAUAAUACGCAAAGUUCGCGAAUUCCGCACGGCUCGCGGCUCUCUUAUCUCUCUUUCUCUCUCUCUUUCUCUCUCUCUCUCUCUCUCUCUCUCUCUGUACUGUGUCGCGAGGCGUCGCGGAUUGAAAGUCAGUCCUCUCAUCGGCGCGGUUCUACUCUCUCUGUCUCGUGCGAGUGCGUCGUCUAGAGCUCACCGCGGUACAAUGUCGUUUGAGUAGCAUCGACGGAGAGUUAUUUGCUUGCGACUCUGUCUCUCUCUCAGUGCGCGAGUGUCAAUAUAUCGCAAAAGACUACCAACACAUACAUAUCCGAGGAGUAGCAGCGAAUUUACAGCAUACUAGUGAGCCAGCCAGCAGCAGCGCACAUUAUAAUACAGCACACAGCAGUCGGACACACUGAGCCUCCUAUAUACAAUCCUAUAUAAUAUCAGUGUCGCGCGAAUGCCAAGCAGCAGCAGCAGCAGCGUAGCGAGUACAAGUCGUGUCUGUGCUGUCUUUGUGUGCGUGUGAGUCCGUGACUGUGAGAGAGCCGUGCGUGGUGCGCGCCUCGCCAGUGCUACGCGAGCUGCUGCAGCAGUAGCAGCCAAAACGUCUCGAGAGUCUGCUCUCUCGGCACGACGACGGCCGAGCUCUCUCACUCUUUUUCCGUCUCUCUCUUUCUCUCUCUUUCUCUCUCACUCUCUCUCUCUCUCUCGCGUAUUCAGUGCUACUGCUCUCGGGGAUCUCGCGAGGCAGCGUAUCUCUCGUCUACUGUGUGCAAUUCGUGUGCUCCGUUUUUUUUUUUGCUGGUUAAAAGCCGAGUGUGUGGUGGUGCGACGAGAGGAAGAAGCUUUUGGUUAUCUUUUUGUUGUUGUUGUUUUUUGUUGUUUCGGCAGUGUGUAUAUAAUAUCGUAAUAAUAAGCAGUGUCACAGCAGUGAUUCUUGUGUUCUCGCGAAUGUAAAGUGUGUUCAGCCGAGUGCGCUCAUUUGUCAAAGUACAUUGAGCAUCGACAAACAAGUAGUAGCAGCAGCAGCAACAAAACAGUGCAGUUUUAUUAGAGUGAAUAUAUAAAUAAGCCUGCGGCACAGUGUACAAGGAUAAACGAAGAGCCAUCAAAAUAUACAUACACAUAUACACAACAGUGCGUGUGCGGUGUGUUAUACAAUCUCGGAGACGAGUGCGACCUCAAUGAGGCGACUCACGAUUCCCCGUAUCUGUGGGCCCAACUGCGAGGCAACUUCGUUACGAUUCCUAUGGAUAAAGUAGUUGAAAGCUGAUCAUCGGCAGUGAAAAGCCGCGAACAUCUGUCUCCGUGCCGUUUUACACGGAAAAGUCGAGAUUUAGUCGACUAUCUAGUACGUAGGGACAGAAAAUUGAAGAAAAAAAAACACACACACACAGAGAAUCAAACAAGCUGUUAGUAGGCAUGCCGUGCAGCAAGCAGCAUCGGUCGAGAAGCAACGAGCGUCCGAAGCACUCCUCCCGUGAUCAUUAUCGUCGUCGUCAAUACAGUCAAGUCGAUACGAUUAAACGGCCUUAAAAGAGGACGAGCCCCCAGGAGUCAUCUAUGCUGACUGCAGGGCUAACCACGGCAGCAGCAGCAGCAGCUACAUCGGCAGCUACCCCGCCGUCGACAGCAGCAGCCGGUGGAGGAAACAACAACAAUAACAGUACACAAGCCUCGAGUCACAUCGGCAGCAUGGACCAUCAUCAGCUACAGGCCCAGGAGGCGAAGCAGCGCUCGCAGCGCAACCGGCGACGGGAGCGCGCCCAGCGCAUGUUGGCCCAGCGCGAGGCCAAGUCCGCCAACAACAGUUUGCUGUCGCUGCAGCAGUCGGCCUCGCCGCACGACCCGUCGCAUCAUCACGCGUUGAGCCAAGCCGCCGCCGCCGCGGCCGAGGACAGCCCGAGUGGCGACGACGACGACGUGCUGCUGCCGCCCAACAGCCACCACCAUCAUCAUCAUCAUCACCGGGGCGGCGACGCCUCGAGAAAUCCUCGGCUCCAGGGCACGGGGCAUCAAAGGCCACCGAGGCCGCCCCGGCCGCCUAGACCGAGAAAGAAGGCGGCUGCCGCCGCGGCUGCUGCUGCGGCCGCUGCAGCCGCUGGGGUGGCUGCCGUCAGCAAAGAGCCCAAGGAGCCCAUCUUCGAGGAGGACAUAAUCGAUGGCUUUGCCAUCUUGGCUUUUCGCUCCUACGAGGAUCUCGAGAGCGCCAUCAAGCUCGCCAACAAGAACAACUGCAAGAGGCUCAACUCGAUACUGUCGAUCGACGACGAGAAGCCGAAAAUCGACACGGGCCAGAACGCGGCCGGCCAACAGCAGCAGCAACAGAACAACAACAAUCACAAUCGCCAGCCGCACUCGGCCACGGCCAACAACGAGCAGCAGCAGCAACAGCCGCUUAAGAACAAUCUCAAGCAUAACCACUAUAAUACGCAUAACUCGAUACUGAACCAUUCGGCGACGAUCAUUCAGGGCGUUGAUGCAGGCACGAGCGACGACAGUGGCCGAGCAUCCGAACAGCUGCACGUUUCCGGUGUCCCGAGGGAUAGUCAGGAUGCCGAUAGUUCUAGGGAUCACCUCAGUGACGCUAGCAGCCAUUGCAGUUCGGGCAAAGGCUAUAUCUGUGAUAGUGAAGGAGAAGAUGAUAAGAAUUCGGAUGCGGAAUCGAUACUCUUUGAAUCUUCUACCCCACCACCCCUCGCAAGGAAAUACGAAUUACCAAUGUCUUCGCCGCACGGCGCACCUCACGCCGCGACGCCGGCGAACAACGGCAGCGGUGGCGGCGGAUCUCCCCCGGAGACCGGCGGCCAGAUCUCGAAUAAUCCGGCGACGGACGCGCCGGCACCCAUCGCGCCGCCCGUUUCAACGCAGGCACCCGCGCCCACGGCCCCAAGUCCACCAAGUCCUACCCUACCACCACAUAUAUCGCAGCCAUCCAUGACUAGUCCAUUGGCGGCAAACAACCCACGUGCAAUAAUAGCUGGUCAAGCUCCACAGCAAUCUCGCAACGUCGUUUCUGGUACGGUAUCGCCUUCCGUGGCGACGGCGCCGAUCAUGUCGCAGCAGCAGCAUGCUCAGCCCCAGCCACAACCAGCGCAUCAACAGCCGCAGCAGUUGCCGCCGCACCCGCAACAGCAACAACAACCUCAGCAACAGCAGCAACAACAGCAACAGCAACCACAUCAAAUACAGUCACAGAUACACCAACAGCCGCUGCAGCCACAGCAGCAGCAACAGCAGCAGCCAGCCACGUCGAGUAUACUCCACCCGGUGAGCAUCGGCUUGGCCAGCAGUAGCUCGUCCGCGGCGUCGCCGGCGGUCGCCAGUCUCGGAGUACCUCCGGCCGCGCCGUCGAACGGAGCAGCCGCUGCUUAUCAUCCGCCGCCUCUGCCCAUGGCUGCCUAUCCUCAAACUCAGCCGGCCUACCCGGCGCUGUACACGCCGUACGCGCCGCUCAAUCACAGUCCGUACCUGCCACCCGUGGUGGCGUCGCAGGCCUCGUCGCACGUGUUGCCCGUGAGCUCGAGGAACAACGAGAUGCAGCGGACGAGCCGAGCUUCGCCCUGCACCAGCAGUAUUUCCUCCUCCGGCAAGUCGACCAUAGUCAGCCCAAUGAUGACCAACAACAGCCACAGCAUGAGCAGCAUAACCGCGACGACGACGACGACGCCCGCCAUGCCGACGACUCCGAGCGUCUCGCCGAUGGUCACCUCGACGACGACCGCGCUCAACGUUGUGCCUCAUCGUGACCUGAUCGCCGGUGGUAAUCACGCGCCGAGUCGCAACAGCAACAACUCGCCUCGUGGUCACAGUCCGAAUCGCGAGAGAGACAGUUACAGUAGCGUGAGCAGUUUGAGCAGAAGUAGUAUAACGCCGGUGAGCGUGACGAACAAUGCACCUCCAGCCAAUUCUAGUCUACCCACGUAUUCGAAAGCUCCUGGAUGGAUCAGCACCGGUGCGCCGUCGCCGGCAGCGAGUGUGACGUCUGCGCCUCGUCCGACGCCUCCGCCGCCGGUGCCGCUGGGUAUUCAUCCGUCGUUUGCGCCACCGAUGUUCACGGCGCCGUUGCCGCCGCCCGUGUCGAGCGCUUCGCCGCACGCGUCUUCUCACGCUCCGGCACCGACGGCAGCAGCCCCGCCGCCACCAACCACGAAUCCCAAUCCGUUCUCUGCCGAAUCAUUGUUUCAGAGCUCAAAACCGAAGAUCAACGUGGCGAAUCACGCGCCCGCGGGUCAACAGCAGGACAUGCUGCGACGCGAGCUCGACAAUCGAUUUCUCGCUUCGCAGGAUCGGGCAGGACUCGGGGCUCCAGCGUAUUUGCGCACGGAGAUGCAUCAUCAUCAGCAUCAGCAUACGCACGUGCAUCAGCAUUCGUCAUCAAUGAUACCGCCACCGGGUGCACCGACCCUUUUUCCUGCUCCACCAAUUCAAUUCAAAGACAUUCCGAAGCUUGGAAGUGUGGACUCUCCAUUUUUUCGGGGAAUCAACAACUACUCGAGCUUUAGCACCGGUAUUUUACAUCCUGGCUUGGCACCACCGUCUACUUUUGUACCUCCGUCUCACGUAUCGACAUACCAACCUACGAAAACUGGCAAGUGGAACGCUAUGCACGUAAGAAUAGCGUGGGAAAUCUUUCGCCAUCAGCGGAAAAAAGAUGGUGCUGUGGGUGCAGUGGGUGCUGCUGCAGUGGCGGCCGCGGCCGCUGGUUCGCCAGGAAAGUCUACGGAAUUGCUGAGACCACCAGGACACAUGUUUCAAACUGGUCCUGCUGGCGCUUUGGGCAUCACCGGAGCGCCGCUACCGCCACCUUUCUCAUCGGCCAUGCAGACACACGCACCAGGGCCUCCACCCCCUCCAAUAUCUCAUAAUGUUGGUUUCCUCACGGCACCAUCCACGCAUUUAGGUAUGCCACACUUUGGCAGGUUCCCACCACCUUUUCCAGGUGCAGCUCCCGGCUUUCAUGGUCUCCCGUAUCCACCUGGCAGAGAAAUUCCAGGUUUGCCGGGAAUGCCUCCAGGUCAUGAUCCAUGGCGAGGGUUACAAAGAGCUUCAGCUGGCUAUCCUCCGACAUCGACAACGUGGAGCUUGAAGCACGAGCCUCAAGAUGCACGUCGCAACGAACUCGAAGAGCAACAGCAACAAGCGCAGCAGCAAGCCCGCGAACGCGAGCGUGAACAGCGCGAGCGAGAACAACGCGAACGAGAACAACGUGAACGAGAACAGCGCGAACGCGAAAGGGAAAGAGAACGAGAACGUGCUCGUCGUGAACGAGAGCGUGAAGAACGCGAACGACGAGAGCGAGAAAAAGAAGAAAAGCGGAAAGCCGCGGAAGCUGCAGCAGCGGCCGCGGCUGCUGAGCGAGAACGAGAGCGCGAGCGUGAACGCGAAAGAGAACGUGAGCGAGAAAGAAGGGAAAAGGAAAGGCGCGAGAUGGAGAGACGCGAGCUCGAGCGAGAGAGGAUUAUGCAGCAGCAAAGACAUCUCGCUUCGAGGGACAGAUCGCCCCUGCGAAAUGGUGCUAAUCCGAUCGACGCCAGUAUCAGGAUCAAGGAGGAGCCGCGAAGCAAAGACGACGACGUGGUCAUGCUUUCCAGGCCACCGGGAAUGCCACAGCAGCCCGGUCCACCGCCUCCUAUGACAGAUCCAAGGUAUCACCACUCACAUCCUCAUCAGUAUCUCACGGCCCGUCACACUCAUGGAAUGCCACCGCCGAAUCCACACACAUUAGCAAGACAGGGUAUGGCGGGCUUACCUCCUUUACCUCAUCCGAUGCAGCACUUCGUGCCCCCGCCACCUCCCACUGGGCCGGGUGGAAGUCCUUGGGCCACGGAUCCGUAUAGAGAUCCGUUCCGCUACGGGACCCUUCAACAGCUCACUUACAAUCCUGUAAUGGCGAUCUAUCGAGCCGAGGAGGAAGAGCGUGCCAAAAUGUUUUAUCAACAACAAGCGCAAGCUCAAGCUCAAGCUCAAGCGCAAGCGCAAGCACAAGCACAAGCCCAAUCGGGUGCUAUGGCAAGUCGAGCUGCCGCAGCGGCGGCGGCGGCCUCGAAAGAUCCCAGUCCUGGUCCGCUGCAUCUUCAUCACAGGCCGGCGCCGCCCGGCCAACCGCCUAAUUCCGCCGUACAAGGACUUGAUCUGCACAAAAAAGAUGACGGCAUGGCUAGUCAACCGCGAUGAUAAGCUGACUAAAGUCGAGGCUUCGAAAUGUACA